AUGGAUUUGAUACUAGAUGAGGAGAAACACAUGUUUGCUCUUUUAGAAGAAACGUAUGGAGUGGCAGAAACAAAUACUAACAAACAGUUAGUGAGGAUAAACCGAGGUGGAGGUUGGCGUCGAGUGCAACGUUUCAUUAACGAUUCCGAGGUACAGUGCUAUGAGAUUCUUCGCAUGAACCAAGCAACGUUUAAUAGCUUAUAUAAGAUACUAUCAGAGAAGUAUCAGCUAGAAGAGACUUGCCAUGUUUACUUAGAGGAGAGUGUAGCAAUGUUUUUAGAGAUGGCUGGACAAGAUUUAUCCGUACGGGCUUUAGCUGAGAGAUAUCAACAUUCAUCUGACACAGUGAAUAGGAAGAUAGAUGAGGUUUUAAGUUCUUUGUUGAAACUUGCAGCAGACAUUGUGAAACCUGAAAGGGAUGAGUUUGCAAGUGCUUUAGAUGGAACUCAUGUGCCGGUUCGUCCUCCUUCUGGGAAUGUCGAUCCAUUCAGAGGUAGAAAAGGAGAACCAACUAUGAAUGUCUUAGCUAUAUGUAAUUUCAGCAUGAAAUUCAUAUAUGCUUAUGUUGGGGUUCCUGGGAGAGCACAUGAUACAAAAGUGUUGACAUAUUGUGCUAAGGAAGAAGCUUCUUUUCCUCAUCCUCCAGUUGGAAAGUAUUAUCUAGUAGACUCUGGAUACCCAACUAGAACUGGUUAUUUAGGACCUCACCGUAGAGCUAGAUAUCACCUGGAUCAGUUUGUUAGAGGAGGAUCACCGACAAACAGCAGAGAGUUAUUCAACCGAAAACAUUCUGGCUUGCGUUCGGUAAUUGAGAGGACAUUUGGAAUAUGGAAGGCUAAGUGGAGGAUUCUUGAUAGGAAGCACCCUAAGUAUGAGCUGAAUAAAUGGGUGAAGAUUGUGACAGCAACAAUGGCUCUCCACAAUUUUAUAAGAGAUUCAAACCAUGAGGAUUGUGAUUUUGCACAUUGGGAAAGAGUGGAAGAAUAUGAACAUCAUGGGGAUGAAGAUGAUCAUGUUGCAUACGUACCAGCUGGAGAUAGAGUCAUGGAAGCUAUACGAGAUUCCAUUACUGAAGAGAUGGCUAGAGAACGUCGACUUCCAUACUAG